AUGCAGUUUCUAAUCUUCACACUCGCCGUCGUCUCCCCCGUCUUUGCUCACCACAUCUAUCCACGCGCCGUCACAAGGUCCUUUACGGGCGCACCUUAUCCGACCGGUCCAGGUUUUGACGUUCCACCGCUCUCGGAGAUUACACAGAGCAGCGCUCCAGAGCCAACAGUGCCGUUGCCUGCGACCUUUCCGCCCGGCACGACACCAAUUGCCCUUGGGCGGGGAGCAGUCGGCUUACCAGAUUUAACCAACUUUGAUUCCAGCAUCUACCCAGAACUUGACAAGGUCCCCCCCGUCGACUCACCCCAGGUCAAGCAGUGGCUCAAGGAGCUUGAAGGUCACACCAUUCCGGAUCUUGCACCCACCAAAGAUGGUACUUGCGAAUCUGAUCCCGAGUUUGCAGCCCAGGCUGGGCCAGACGGCCGGUGUUGGUGGACCUGCGGAGGAUGCGUGCGUGAGACUGACGUAGAAGGAUGUCCAGACCGUGAACGAUGGGGUUUGACUUUCGAUGAUGGACCUUCAGACCACACUCCCAAACUUUUGACGUACCUACAAUCCAUCGACACCCUAGCCACCUUUUUCCUCGUCGGUUCGCGUGUCGUCUCUCGACCAGACAUCGUCCAGACGCAGUUGUUGCUCAAUCAUGAACUCUCAGUCCAUACUUGGAGUCACAGCAAGCCGUUGACGAGUCUGACGACGGCUCAAGUCGUGGCCGAGCUUGGUUGGACCAGACAAGCGAUCAAGGACGUUACAGGGGUUACUCCUCUUACUUUCAGAGCACCUUUUGGUGAUUAUGACGACCGUAUUCGGGCCAUUGCGCAUGCAAUGAACCUGACUCCGAUCAUCUGGUCGCGCGUCAAUGCUCCCAACGGGACACCGCUCACGGUAGAUACAGAAGAUUUUCAAGUCCCUGCUGGACAACAAUCCGCGUCCGACUCGAUCAACCAAUUCCGUAACACGCUCGCCAUUGUGGAAGGCGAUGACAAUGUCACAAGUGGGAUCAUCUCGCUCGAGCAUGAUCUGUUCCAAGAAACCGUCGAUCUGGCCAUUGGAGAGACGUUGCCAAAUGCUCUGAGUAGACCUGGUCCAGACGAGAGGGGAUGGACGUUGGGGACAGUUGCGCAGUGCCGCAACAUUCGGGCCGGAGACUCGUAUGCCGAGACGACGACGAAUGCGACUGUUCUCGCACUACUGGGACGGCCUUUGAGCCCCGGAACACCGCCAGACGUGGCUACUGGGGUCUCCACUGCCCUCCCAACACCUCCCAAUCCUGGCGUCGGCGUCGGCGUGGGUCCAGGACCACGGCCUCCACCAGGGCCUCCAGGGCAACCAACCCGUGCUACUCCUCCUGGACAAGUAUCUCAGCCUACAGCUAGUGUUCAGCCGAGUGCGUCUGGGGUAAGACCUAGCGCCGACCUCAGCGUCACACCGCCGAGCCAACAGACUCUCACUCAGGAACAAUCGCAACCCAGUGAGAAUUCUGAUCUUCAAAGCGCGAGCAGUAGCUCCCCGACAACAACAACAACAACAACAACAACACCCUCGACAGACACUCCCCCCGUCAUCAAUCCUGUGCAGCAGCCUACAGCCACUCCUCCCCAGCCCUUGCAAGCCAUUAACCAACCCGAGCCACAACAAGAAAUUGGUGCUCCACUUGAUGUGAAUUCGAAUGCACCCAGUUCGGCAGCGAGCUUGCCAGGGGCGUCUUCUCGGCCAGAGCAGCCGAGUACGACGACGACUAUCACCGUUGGCAAUGACGGGGCAGACAACGGACUGAGCUUUGGACUCAGGAAUGCUGCGCUAUCAAAGGCGUCUAUAUAUCAUUCCCCUGUCAUUCUCAUCUUUGUCAUUCUGACGCGCCUUGUAUAA